AUGUUCUCUGGUUCAAUUUCAUCCAUUUGCAAAACUCUCCACGGCCAGCUUACUUCAAUUGACCUCUCUAGUAAUAAGUUGGCUGGUGAUGUUCCUAACUGCUGGGAUAAAACGCCGAAUUUGGUCUCUCUCAAUUUGGCUAACAACCGUUUUUGGGGUGAAAUUCCUCGCUCUUUCGGAUCUUUACAUGGCCUCAAUGUGCUACAGUUGCGUGGUAAUAGUUUAUCUGGAGAGUUUCCUUCCACUUUGAGACGUUGCCAAGAAUUGGUGUUUGUUGAUGUUGCAGGGAAUGAGUUAGCAGGAGAGAUUCCUACUUGGAUUGGCGAAAUAUCUGAUUUGGAAUUUCUAAACCUUGGCACAAACAAAUUUCAUGGCAGUAUUCCUUCUGAGAUAUGCAAUCUUACUGCUAUUCUAAUUCUAGACUUUUCUAGAAACAACUUGGAUGGCAUAAUACCCGAUUGCUUCAACAAUUUGACUCUUAUGACUCAAAGGAAUAUACCAGCGGAUCUAAAUUGUGCGGGUGUUGUUUUAUCUCUCUCUUACAAUGAUAAUCUUCCAAACCAUGUUAACAUAAGAUACUACGAGUUUUCAUCAAUUCAAUGGAAGGGGCGGGAAUCCGAAUACAGGAAAAAUCUCGAGCUUCUUAAACUCAUUGAUUUUUCAAGUAAUAAAUUGAGUGGAAACAUUCCCCAAUCAUUUACCAAUAUGAAGGGAUUGAUUUCCUUAAACCUAUCAUCAAAUAGGUUGACAGGAAAUAUAUUGUCACAUAUUGGUGAUAUGGAGAUGUUAGAAUGUCUUGAUCUAUCAUCCAAUCAAUUGUCCGGAAAAAUACCGACAACCUUGGCACAACUACAGUACUUGUCUGUUCUUAUUUGUCGAACAACAAUUUGUAUGGAAAAAUUCCAACGAGCACUCAACUCCAAAGCUUCAAUGCAUCUGCUUAUGCCGAGAAUAAGAGGCUUUGUGGGUCCCCUCUCGCGUUAUGCCCCAAAGAUAGCCUGA